AUGCCGCGAAUGUGUCAGUAACGAGUCGAGAAGUCCUCCCCGGAGGUGUAGGAACAUCGUUUUUCUCGUCCAGCUCCCCGAGUCUCGAGGGGUACCCGGCAGCGUCACCAUGGUGAAGGAGCAGUUCCGGGAGACGGAUGUGGCCAAGAAAAUAAGCCACAUCUGUUUCGGGAUGAAGUCGCCUGAGGAGAUGCGCCAACAGGCGCACAUCCAGGUUGUGAGUAAAAACCUGUACAGCCAGGACAACAACCACGCCCCCUUGCUGUAUGGGGUGCUUGACCAUAGGAUGGGUACGAGUGAAAAGGACCGUCCUUGUGAAACCUGCGGGAAAAACUUGGCUGACUGUCUGGGUCACUACGGAUACAUUGACCUGGAACUGCCAUGCUUUCAUGUGGGCUACUUCCGAGCAGUCAUAGGCAUCUUACAGAUGAUCUGCAAAACUUGCUGCCAUAUCAUGCUGUCCCAGGAGGAAAAGAAGCAGUUUCUGGAUUAUCUGAAGAGGCCUAGCCUGACCUACCUCCAGAAGCGAGGACUGAAGAAGAAAAUCUCUGAUAAAUGCCGAAAGAAAAACAUCUGCCAUCACUGUGGCGCUUUUAAUGGUACUGUGAAGAAAUGUGGAUUACUGAAGAUAAUUCAUGAGAAAUACAAGACCAACAAAAAAGUGGUAGAUCCUAUUGUAUCAAAUUUCCUUCAGUCUUUUGAAACUGCCAUUGAACAUAACAAAGAAGUGGAGCCCCUGCUAGGGAGGGCACAGGAAAACUUGAAUCCCUUAGUAGUUCUGAAUUUAUUUAAGCAAAUCCCAGCUGAAGAUGUUCCUCUUCUUCUGAUGAACCCAGAAGCUGGAAAACCCUCCGAUUUGAUUCUCACGCGACUUUUAGUGCCCCCCUUGUGUAUCAGACCCUCCGUUGUAAGUGAUUUGAAGUCUGGCACCAAUGAAGAUGAUCUGACAAUGAAACUGACAGAAAUCAUUUUCCUAAAUGACGUCAUUAAAAAGCAUCGGAUAUCAGGAGCUAAGACCCAGAUGAUCAUGGAAGACUGGGACUUCUUGCAGCUGCAGUGCGCCCUCUACAUCAACAGUGAGCUCUCCGGCAUUCCCCUGAACAUGGCGCCCAAGAAGUGGACCAGGGGUUUUGUCCAGCGCCUAAAGGGAAAACAGGGUCGAUUUAGAGGCAAUCUCUCAGGAAAGAGAGUGGAUUUUUCUGGUAGAACAGUCAUCUCACCUGACCCCAACCUCCGGAUUGAUGAGGUAGCUGUGCCAGUUCAUGUGGCCAAAAUUCUAACUUUUCCUGAGAAAGUAAACAAAGCAAACAUUAACUUUUUGAGGAAAUUGGUUCAAAAUGGACCUGAAGUUCACCCAGGAGCCAAUUUCAUCCAGCAGAGACACACACAGAUGAAAAGGUUUCUGAAAUAUGGAAAUAGGGAAAAGAUGGCUCAAGAGCUCAAGUAUGGGGACAUCGUAGAGAGACACCUCAUAGAUGGGGAUGUGGUGCUUUUCAAUCGGCAGCCCUCACUGCACAAAUUGAGCAUCAUGGCGCAUCUGGCCAGGGUCAAGCCCCACCGGACCUUCAGAUUUAACGAGUGUGUGUGUACACCCUACAAUGCAGAUUUUGAUGGUGAUGAAAUGAAUCUUCAUCUUCCUCAAACAGAAGAAGCUAAAGCAGAGGCCCUUGUUCUAAUGGGGACGAAAGCAAAUCUUGUAACUCCAAGGAAUGGAGAACCACUAAUUGCUGCUAUUCAGGAUUUUCUAACAGGUGCCUAUCUCCUCACUCUAAAGGACACGUUCUUUGACCGAGCCAAGGCUUGCCAAAUCAUUGCUUCAAUACUGGUUGGCAAGGAUGAGAAAGUUAAAGUUCGCCUCCCACCUCCUACAAUUUUAAAGCCUGUCACCCUCUGGACGGGAAAGCAGAUCUUCAGUGUCAUCCUCAGACCUAGUGAUGACAAUCCAGUGAGGGCCAACCUUCGAACCAAGGGCAAGCAGUACUGUGGCAAAGGAGAAGAUCUCUGUGUCAAUGAUUCCUAUGUUACUAUCCAGAACAGUGAGUUGAUGAGUGGCAGCAUGGACAAAGGAACACUGGGAUCAGGUUCCAAGAACAAUAUUUUUUACAUUUUGCUGCGAGACUGGGGCCAGAAUGAAGCCGCCGAUGCCAUGUCACGUCUUGCCAGGCUGGCUCCUGUCUACCUCUCAAACCGUGGAUUCUCAAUUGGAAUUGGUGAUGUCACACCUGGUCAAGGGCUGCUAAAGGCCAAGUAUGAGUUGCUGAAUGCUGGCUACAAGAAAUGUGAUGAGUACAUUGAAGCCCUGAACACGGGCAAGCUGCAGCAGCAGCCUGGUUGCACUGCUGAGGAGACUCUGGAGGCUCUGAUCCUGAAGGAGCUGUCGGUGAUCCGGGACCAUGCGGGCAGUGCCUGCCUCCGGGAGCUGGACAAGAGCAACAGCCCCCUCACCAUGGCUCUGUGCGGCUCCAAAGGUUCCUUCAUUAAUAUAUCACAGAUGAUUGCCUGUGUGGGACAGCAAGCCAUCAGUGGCUCCCGAGUGCCAGAUGGCUUUGAGAACAGGUCCUUGCCUCACUUUGAAAAACACUCAAAGCUCCCAGCUGCCAAAGGCUUUGUGGCUAAUAGCUUUUAUUCUGGUCUGACACCAACUGAGUUUUUCUUCCACACAAUGGCUGGCCGGGAAGGUCUAGUCGACACAGCUGUAAAGACAGCUGAAACAGGAUACAUGCAGAGAAGGCUUGUGAAGUCUCUGGAAGAUCUGUGUUCACAGUAUGAUUUGACCGUCCGAAGCUCUACAGGAGACAUUAUACAGUUCAUUUAUGGAGGAGAUGGCUUAGAUCCUGCAGCUAUGGAGGGAAAAGAUGAACCCUUGGAGUUUAAAAGGGUUCUGGACAACAUCAAAGCAGUCUUCCCGUGUCAGAGCGAGCCUGCUCUCAGCAGAAACGAGCUGGUCCUGACCACCGAGUCCGUCAUGAAGAAGAAUGAGUUCCUCUGCUGCCGGGACAGCUUCCUGCAGGAAAUACAAAAAUUCAUUAAGGGGGUUUCUGAGAAGAUCAAGAAAACCCGAGAUAAAUAUGGCAUCAAUGAUAACGGCACAACAGAGCCCCGUGUGCUCUACCAGUUGGACCGGAUCACCCCCACCCAAAUAGAAAAGUUUCUGGAGACCUGUAGGGACAAGUACAUGAGGGCACAGAUGGAGCCAGGUUCUGCAGUGGGCGCACUCUGUGCCCAGAGCAUUGGCGAGCCAGGCACUCAGAUGACCCUGAAGACUUUCCACUUUGCAGGCGUGGCCUCCAUGAACAUCACCUUGGGUGUGCCCCGGAUCAAAGAGAUCAUCAACGCUUCCAGGGCCAUCAGCACUCCGAUCAUCACGGCUCAGCUGGACAGGGAUGAUGAUGCGGAUUACGCUCGCCUUGUGAAAGGGAGAAUUGAGAAAACCCUCUUGGGAGAGAUUUCAGAGUACAUCGAAGAAGUAUUUCUUCCUGAUGACUGCUUUAUUCUCGUCAAGCUGUCCCUGGAACGGAUUAGACUUCUGAGGCUGGAAGUGAACGCCGAGACAGUGAGGUAUUCCAUCUGCAUGUCCAAGCUCCGCGUGAAGCCGGGUGACGUGGCUGUGCACGGCGAGGCUGUGGUGUGCGUCACCCCCCGAGAGAACAGCAAGAGCUCCAUGUACUACGUGCUGCAGUUCCUGAAAGAGGAUCUUCCCAAGGUGGUGGUGCAGGGCAUCCCAGAGGUGUCCAGAGCUGUCAUCCACAUCGACGAGCAGAGUGGAAAGGAGAAGUACAAGCUCCUGGUGGAGGGGGAUAACCUGCGGGCAGUCAUGGCUACUCACGGUGUGAAGGGCACCCGAACCACCUCCAACAACACAUAUGAGGUGGAGAAAACCCUUGGCAUUGAAGCUGCCCGGACAACUAUCAUCAAUGAGAUCCAGUACACGAUGAUCAACCACGGCAUGAGCAUCGACAGGAGGCAUGUGAUGCUGCUGUCCGACCUGAUGACCUACAAGGGUGAAGUCCUGGGCAUCACUAGGUUUGGCCUGGCGAAGAUGAAGGAGAGUGUGCUGAUGCUGGCCUCCUUUGAGAAAACGGCCGACCACCUCUUUGACGCCGCCUACUUUGGGCAGAAGGACUCCGUGUGUGGGGUGUCCGAAUGCAUCAUCAUGGGGAUCCCCAUGAACAUUGGAACCGGGCUCUUCAAGCUGCUCCACAAGGCCAACAGGGACCCGAAUCCUCCCAGGAGGCCCCUAAUCUUCGACACAAACGAAUUCCACAUCCCCCUUGUCACAUAGUCCAGGGAAGAAGGAACCACUCUCUGACCU